AUGAAUCAAAAACCAGAAUGUUCAUCUAGAUGUCGAACAGUAAGUACCAACAUAGAAAAACACUUUAAUAACUAUAUUAUAUUAACCUACCAAUUAAUUGAAGGGUACAGGGGAAAAUCGGUAGUGUCCAUUUCUAUAUAUUUUUUAAAAGAGCAAAAGCAAAGUUGUAAUACGAUCUCUCCUCACCAGUAUACCUAUUAUCUAAUCUUUUCCCCUCAAUAUUAGCAAAAUGAAAUCGUUAUUCACCGAAUCAAUUUCAACAUUCUACUGCUAAUGUGCUAUCGAAUUAAACCAAAAAAUCAAAAUCAAACAAAUAUACUACUUACAAUAUUUUUUACUCUGAACCAUUAAAUUGUAAUAUGUUAAUUACAAUAGGUAAUGUUGACAUUUUUGUUUCACCACCAAAUGUUUAAAAUUAAUAAAUUUACUUAUUUAAAGUAAAUUACCUAUAAUGUUUUUCCCUUCUAUUAAAAUAUAGGCAUCAUUAUUAUAUAUAUUUUAAAUUUUGAAACAUUAGUAUUAAUUUAUAGUUUAUCUGUAGAUAUUUAUUAAUAAACAAUAGGUAAUAUUGUAGUGUCAAACCAUAAUGAUCAAAUGUGAAAAAGUCAAUAGAAAAGAAAUAAUGUUUAUUAAUGUAUUUUAAAAGUUUUUUAAAUAGUAAAUUAAAAAGUAUAUUAAUACUAUAUUAUUAAAUACUAAUAUUACUAAAUAACAAAAAUAUAAUUACUCCAUACAUAAGUCUGUAUAUUAUAGAACUUGGUUCAAUGUGGUUUAAUAUAGUAUAUCUAUUCUAUACCUGUAUAUUAGUAAAUUUUGAUUGUAUAUCAGUGUUGUAAUUAUUCGGUACCUGUCUAUUUAAUAAAUGAUCUGAUUGUAAAAUAUUAUUUCAAUUAAAUUUAUUAUUUUAGCACGUGGUGAUGACAGUGCAUAGACAAAUUGUGUAGGUAUUAUUCGGGUCACGGUUUAAUUUAGUCCCUGACUUAUUGAUGUUCAAAGUAAAAAAAAAUUCUGUCAAUCAAUAUAUUAUUACAAUACAAUUAAUUAUAUUUUAGAUUCUGAGUGGAGCGAAGCCUAUGGUUUCACAAAUAUGUCUAUUUUAUUUUUAUUCUUUUAUCUGUGCGCAACUUUUCUACCAGAAGACUUGCUCGGAUUUUUACAUGUAGCACCUUUUCUGAAAGGAAAUCGACGUAAGAAGGUACUUUAGGAAGGUCAUUUUUCGAUUUUCUCAAGAGUUUUCUCAUAAAAUUAAAAAACGGGAAAAUAUACGAAAUGUAGAUAUUAGUUAUUUGUUACACCUAAAUGUUUUUUAAUGUCGUAAUUUUACAAUUUUCAAGCAUUUCUAUUUAGUCGAACAAAACAGUUAGGUAGGGAUAAGAACUGGACAGUUUACGGAAAUAGCUAUUUCAUUAUUUUCAAUUUUGUUAUUUGUUUAACAAUAUUUUUAGACAUCAUUUUCACAGAAUAUAUAUGUCUGCCUUUUCUAGAUGUGAUAAAAUGUUCAAAACAAAUGAGUCAUUUUUGAGCUAUUUAUUUAGACAUUUUAAUUUUGUGAGUUUUUUACAUAACUUUUAUUCGGUAGGUACUCUGUGGAUAAAAUUGUUAGAUUAAAUAGAAAUGCUUGACAAUUUAACAGACUGUUAUAUAUACAUAAUAUAAUAUACAUGUAUAUAUAUAUAUAUUAUAAUAUGUACAUAGUGGUCAACAAAAAAGAAGUUGAGUUUAACGUAAUAUUUUUUUCUUUAAGAAUUUUAAUAUCAAAUUUUGAUGAAAAUCGUAAAUAUUACGGCCUUAAAAAACAUAUAUAAUGGAACUACGCUUAGACUCGGUAUUUUUUUAUAAUUUUCUUUCAACUUCCAAUAUACUACUAUGGUACACAUAUGUCAGCUCUAUUAAAAACAUUUUAUACAUUUUUUACAUUUUUUGAUCCUAUUUUUUGAUUAAAAUAGGAUUUCUAAAAUAAUUUACUGAUAAUUCAUAUGAGAAUUUGAGAGUAUUAUGGAUUUUCUGAAAUUUAAAUAGGGUUCUAUUUAUAUAGUCAUAAUGUGAUAAAACAAUUUAAUUUCUCAGACUCAUUAUACAAGAAAUGUAUAGAUAAUAUUGUAAUAAGAAAAUUUACAUACAUAGUGAUUUUAUAAUUAAUCCCUAGUAAAUUUUACACGCUGUCAUUAUAUUUUCAUGGAUUUCAAGGUUUAUGAUAAAUAUUUUUUAAGCACUAGCCAACGAGCAAUACUUAAAAAUAAAAUAAAAUAUUUUAAAUACCAGUACCUAUACAUUUUUCUUGCAAGUUAAUAAUUUUAUUAUAAUAUCUAUUAAUUGCUAUACCUACUGUGGUAUCAUGCUGGUUACCAAAAAGCGCUCUUGAUUAUUUUUUUUUUUUUUACAUUAUAUCGCUAUUGAUACUGUAUAUUAAUCAUUGCACUGUACAAUUUUUUCGAGGAAAACAAAUCACACAAGCCAAUGUCACGUGGAAGUCAGCAAUGGAAUUUUCAUGGCACGUUAACUCUAUUUUAUUUUUCGGUUAUUGUUUACCUGUGCAGUAAAACGUCCUUGUUAUUGUUGUGUCACUGAAAAUAUAUUAUCGUACAAAAAAACAAAAUAAUAAUAAUAAUAUUUAAUAUAAUAGGUAGUAUAAAAUUGGCAGUGAUGAUGAUGAUGAUGAUACUGUGAUACAAACUUGGUUAGUAUUACCACGCAGGAAAUUAUUCUGUGGCUUUAGUAGUCGAACAUAAAAUAUUAUAUAAUAUUUUCCUGUAAACUUAACGAAUUUGUAUGUGAAAAUGUGAAACCUUGAAAGUUAUAACCUUGCGCCUUGCGGUAGUAAAAAUUAUUUCUGACCAAAAUUGGCGUACCCCUUAUUAAUAAUAAUUAUUUGACUGGUGUACCGGGUUAACAUGUAGAUAAUUGUGUUUUAUUAUUCAUAUAACAGUUAUUAUUAGAAAUAACCAAGAAUUUCAGCGUUUUUCAAAAAACAAUGAAAUACUAAUAUAAAUAAUUUGACAAAGUGAUAAUCAAUAUUCUAUGAAUGUAUUGAUUUUACAACUAUCUCGGAAAACAGUAUUUUGGGUGGUAAAAAUGAUUAACAAAUUUCACGCGGUUGCUUUUUAUUUAUAUCGGUUAAAGCUGCUUUAGUAAAAUUGAAUUGUAAUCAAUUCACUGGGCUGUGGAGAACUAACUCUAUACUACUGCAUUUUGAAUUAACCUCAAUUAUAAUACUAUCAUAAUUUAUCGCAGGAAAUUUUAACUUAUUUCGUUGCGCCAUUGGAGUUAAGUAAUUAAAAACAAAACAUAGGUACCUGCCUACUUUAUAUCAUCAAUAGUAUACUUUGGUUUACGAAAUAAUCAAUUUGAUAAUUUUUUAAAAACAGCGAAAACUGAAAAAAAUAUAUCAAGAAUCAUGUUAUUUUAAAAUAUCAAGUAGUUAAUUAAUAGUUAAGUAGUUUGUUAUAUUAUUUAAAAUAUUCGACAUUUUCAUUUAAAACACUGGAGUGUAAAAUUUAGCUUGGCUUUGCAUUAUGUUAUAUUUUCUUCUCUUAUUUAUCAGUCAUCACUCAUCGCAAAUAUGUGCCGUCAAAACGGAAAAUUAUAACCUGGCAUUUCUUAUGACAUUAUCAAGUGCUUUUCCCUUCAUUAUAAUUUUCCAUUAUAAUAUUCAUAGUUUAUACGAACUAAUAUAAAAUGUAUUUUAAUAAUAACUGGACCUAUUUAAAUAAUUUAAAGUAUUUAUCUGUCUUAUUAAUGAAAUAUAGAAAUUUAAAGCUUAUUUUUUUACAUCUUUUUUUUUAUGAAAAUGCUAUUUUUAGGUUUUUUUUUUUAUUUGUUUUGUGAAUGAAAUAUAUUUUUGUUUGUAUUUUUUUUUUUUUUUUGUGAAGAUAUGCGCGUGACGGCAGUAUUGUGUAGGGGCUGUUAGAUUUAAUGUUGCGUGAGGCGUUAAAUUUGUAGAAAGUUAAUCUAGGUAUAAGACAAUUGCAAUUAAAUAUCAAAACUAAUUUUUUGGGUUUUGAGUUACUCAAGGUAAUAUAAUUAAAUCAAAUCGUAUUAGUUAUUUUACUUAUAAUAUAAUAAAUGCACAGCGCAAUAGGUAACGUAUAUUCAUACAAAUAUUAGAUACCUAUAUCCAAUAUAUUUGUUAUUUCAUCUAUAGAUACUGAAAUUAUUAAUCACAAUAAGAUCACUUUUAUGAUAGUUUGGACAAUGAACAAUGUAAUAUAUUUUAUAUUCAAUAGCAAAGAGGACAAGAAUAGUUAUCAUUGUCAAAGUGGUACACUGUUACCGCGCUAUACCAUACCUGUGUCAUCACUCUAACGAAUGCUUCAUCACGUUAUUAAUUGAGUUCAGAAAAUUAUUAACGUUAUUGUUUGGCCUUAACUAAUCGACAAAAUAAUUUUUAAUAUUUUUCGAUCGUUUUAAAUUACAUAUGCAAUCAUCUUUACUUGAGUCAUUAAUUUAAUAAUAUACAAUAUUAAAAAAAAUUAUAUUAGUAUAUUAUAAAUACAUAAUAAUAGUAAAUUAUAAAAUCAACGCUUAAAUAAAACAUAAAUAUUGUAUGUGUGACGAAAACCAAAAAAAUCGAAAAUAAAUUCUAAACAAUUAAACCAAAAUAUAAAAUUAUCAGAUUAUUAAUACAAUUAUUUUACAGAACUACUUGAUCAACAUAAGUAGUAUGAAAAGGUAUGUUCUAGCCAGAAUCCGGUACCAGAUCUAUACCUAAUACACAGCCUCCCGAAUUGUUUACCUCUUCAUCGACCUAUAUUUACCCCCUCCCCCCACCAUAAUAUACAUAAAUGUAUAUUGUAUAAUAAUAUACAUCUAUAUCUAUUAUUAUCAGUGCUCGAACUGGGAAAAUUAAAGAAGUGGAGCUCUGCUAAAUAGAGAAGCUCAUUCCCUAUAAACCUCCCCCCCACCAGUUCAAGCAAAUAUUAUAAUAUAAUAAAUAAUAAUUCAUUAUAGUACUGAUGACCACGAUAGUUCAAAAGAAAAUUAAAUCGUGUAUUUGUGAUUUAUUUUCAUUCGUGCGUUUAUCAAUUAAGGCAAAUAUUGGACAAAACCCACGACUAAAAAACAAUUCCAGAUUAUUCCUUAUCAAUACAAUAUUAUACAAUAUUAUUAUUAUACUUAUAAUUAUUUAGUUAUUAAUAAUUUAGAAACUCAUGAAAUGUACAUUCGACAGUACAUAAAUAGAAUUAUUUUGCAAAAUAUGUAGUUCAGAUAGGUACGAUAAAAAAAAAUCUCAUACAUCAUAGUAAAACUACUAUGAAAAUAUUUAAUAUAAAAAUGCGAGGCCCCAUAAAGCAGGAGGUACUAGGCAGGUGCCUAGUUUGCUCCCCUCUUCCGACGGCUCUGCUAGUGAUUCUAAUAUUUUUUUUCAAAUAUUUUUUCCACUAUACUAGUGACGGAUAGGCAUGAUCUGACCGGGCCAGGAAAGCGGCCCACAUGAUCAUAUCCAAAAUCCAACAAAAACAUUACCUCAACCUUGACUGCACCAACACCCACUUCUUUUUUUUUUUGUUAAAAAAUUUAAUUUUACACUAUUCCAAUUUCAAUUAAACAUUUUAGGUUGCUAAAAAAAAGUUUUCCAUGUACAAUGGUACAUUACCCAUAUUAAGUCCCAGAAUUUGAACUUAGUAUAUUAAGGGAUGAGUUCAAAUCAUAACAAAUUUGUAUUUCUUUUGUAAAAUAAAUGUAUUAAUAAAGAACUGUUUCUGCUUUCUGGUACUUAUCUCCAUAAGGUCUUCUUAGCAGGGGAAACAAUGAUUAUUAAAAUUAAACCUUACGCAAAAAUCAUAUGCACAAAUAACGCAAAUAUUUUUGAAGGCGGCUUGAGCCCCAAUAUUAACUAUAUAUACUUAGUAUUUACUUGAUGACUUUAUUUUAGGAGGCUUGGUUGAGUAUUCGAGGGGGGGGGGCUCAAAAUCCUUCAAAGAACCUUCCUCUUUUUACAUCAAUUGACAAAAUUAAGGGUAGUUUAGGGUUUAAUAUUUAAAAAAAAAAACAUUUAUAUUUAACAUAUUUUUUUAAAAGAUAUUUUGAUGGAAAAUAUCGCAGCGAAGGUUGAAGCCUUUCUUGACUCCCCGUAUGCACGUUUAUACUUAUUUCUCCAUUCCUGAUCUAUUUUCAAAUAAUUUUAAGUAUUUAAAAAAUAAUUGGAUAUAAUUUUUAUUCGAUUGAUUACGAAAAAUGUAUUUAAAUAUGUCUACCUAAAUAUCACUACCUAUACCUGCACUGUAUAUAAUACGCGUAUAUGAUUUAAUGAUUAGAUUUAAUUUUAUAUAUUUAUAAAAUUAUAGUUACUUAGUAGGUACAGUCAAGUAUGGAUUCAUGGGAGUGUGAUAAAUCAACCCCCUCUCAUUUACUCCCCGAUAUACUCUUAGUUGCAUUAUACUUCUAGCUUGAUUCAUAUUUGAGCUCGUCUUAAAGGGGUGCUUUAUAUGCAUUUUCAAAGUCCCCCCCCUAUUCUAUUUUUUUAGAUCCGCCCAUGGGUACAAUCAGUAGUUUUUAUUUUUUACAUUAAUAUCCCAUUAGUACUAGAUAGUAGAACAAAAUUGUUACUAUCACCAAUAAAACUAACCACUAUAAUAAUUAAUAACCAUAAAAUUGCAUGAUUUUUCAAUAACUUAGAAUUUGCUGAAUCAAAUCUACUAUACUCAUCCAUCAUUAAAUUUAAAACCAUAAGAAUUACCUGAAUAAUUAUAAAUAGAGUCAAAAUAAUUCGUUUCUACAACAAUUCAUAACUGUAUAUAAUAUACAGUUUUAUUAAAGUAAAUAAAUGGAGGCGAUGCAUUCAACACUGAGUUCACAGAGAAAAGUUGUUUUGCAUAUUUGAAUUUUAAAAAUAACCAAUUAUCUACUAACGAUGAUUUUCGUUAUAAUAUAAUAAGUAUUUAUUUAAUAAAUAUCUUAGUUGAUGACACCAGCUGUGAAUCAAAUUCAAAAAUAAUAUUCAAGUUCUAGGGAUGGUAGGCAGUUUAUAACGCCACCCCGUGAUGUUAUUUAUGAAUAAAGUGGACUAGAAAUACAAUAGGAAUGAUAAUUUAUAGUAGUGAUACAAUGAUAAUUUAUUAUGAAUUAAACUAUCUACUAUCCGCCCCUGCACUACACCAUUACUAUAUGGCAAAAUAUUACAAAACUACUAUACUAUACUUACCUAUCCAUUCAUCCAUUCUUUAUUGUCUAUGGGUACUAAGUUCGACGUAUAGUUUUUCACCAAUAUUUUACAAAUGUAAUUUUGUCGCCCUCGAAAUAUACCGUCCUUCUCUCCUCCGUCCGUUGACCAUCUAUCGUCCACAGCUACCACUACGGCGAAAUAUUAUAUAAUAUUAUACCUAUUCGAAUACAACAAAAUAUUAUUUUGUUUUCAUUGUGUUACACUUAAGUUUUCUAUCAGAAAUAUUACUUCAACCUAGAAAUGAUAAGAGAUCAAUUUUGUUCCUUGUACAAUAUUGCCACUGUGAAAGAAAGUGAUUUUUUUAUAUCCAAAGUAGUUUUUGUAACAAUUGGGAAAAACCAAAAAAGAUGAAAUAAACGAUUUUUUUUUCAAAUUCUGGCAUAACAAUUUCAUUAUUUUAAAUUUGUACGGAUUAUGUAUUUUACAAAAAAUAUUGCUCCAAUAGAAAAACGACAAGAGACCUUUAUUGUUUAAUUUUAAAUCUAAUUGAUGACCAAGAAAGUCGUCGUUUUUUGAUUUUCUUUGCAGUUUUAAUAAUUGAGCAAAACCGAAAAGAACGUAAAGGAAAGGAAAAUUUUACGAAACUAAUGCUUUUAUUAUUUCAUUUUUGUUUUUUCGUCAUGAUUCAGAUUAAAAUAUUUGUAGAGACUUAAAAUUUUGAUUGAAAAUGUAUACUUUCUUUUUCUAGAUGUGGUAAUAUAUUAUAUAUAUUUAUAUGUUACAAAUAACCAUCUAUUUAAUGAAACAAAAUAUUUGGUCUUUAUUAUAGAUAUUUUGAAAAAUUUGGAAUAUGAUAUUAUUUCAAUUAAAUUAAAGGUAAGCAGGUAUAGGCAAUUUUUGUUUCAUUUGUAAUAUUGCUAAUUUAAUUUCUGUUAAAUUAUCAGCCAUAUGGCUAUACCUAUUAUUCUGGUAUACACGACUUAAUUCAAUGUACUUCAGUACAUUGAGCAAUUCUAUGAUUAAAAGACGUAUUUUUGUACAGUGUAAAGCAUAUUUAAAGUAUAUAUCCAUUUUACAUUUUGGUCCAAUUUAAUGCCUUCUGUUCCAAGCAUUUUGACUUUCAACCCCUAUUUCACCUAUUUCAGGGAUGGAAUUUUCGAAAAUUCUUCUUUAGUGAAUCAGUUAUUUAAUCAGUUUCUUUUCUAAUGUAUUUAACAAAAUUCAGUGUUCUAGAUUCUUACCUUGUUUAUUCUACUUAUAUUGUUUAAUUGGAUUCGAUAGCCGGCGGAGUUAAUAUUAAAAUGGCUGAAUCCGCGUCCUAAACCAAUAAAUUAUAUUAUGUAACCGUUAACAACAGCACGGCCAUUGAAUAUAUUAUAGAAUGCGCGUAACUGCAGGUACAAAGGCUGAUGAGAUCGUCGACCACAUGACCGUGCUUUUCCGAGAAUGUUAGCUAGUAGUACAUCUGUGGAUACAAAGGUUAAUGGUUUCCAGGAUUCAGUACUUAUCCCAGAACCGUCCUUUUCAUCAUGCCUAGGUACUUUGAUUUAUUCGGUGGAAGACAAUCGGAAAAACACAAGAUAAGAAAAAAAUUAAUCAUAUAGUUCAACCGCGCCAAAAUCCCAGGUAGUUACUAUAGGUAACAUAUAUGAAGACUGGUAGUAGGUGCCUACCUGUGCACUUCAUUACAGAUAUUAAAUUUAUGUUUGUGGGAAUAUUGGUACGGUACAUAGAAUUUAUAACAAAAUAAAUAAAAAACGCGGAAUACUGGUACUCUUCAAAAUUUAUAUUUUAGGGGAUCCUAAAAUAUUUACAAUGUUUAUAUAGUUUUAAUAAAUUACUAUCGUCAACAAGUUAAAUUUAAAUAAUUCGUUAAAAAAGAAAAAAUAAUAUUAGCAAUCAAAAUGAAUAAAAACACAAAUAAGUACAUACAAAGUAGCAGGUAGGUAAAAUAAAUAUGAAUUAUACAAUAAAUAUAAUAUAUAAUUUAUGAACAAUAAUAACUAUUUCAUACACUUUGCUAUAUUAUUUAAAAAUUGUCCUAUUUUAAUGUAUUUAUUUAUGUAACUCCCACAUUCGUUGUGUAGUUUGUCUUGCGUAUUAUUAUUAUUUUUUUUUUUAUUGAACUUUUUAGCGUUAAGGUUCAUGACAUAUUUAUCGUAAUCUUAUUGUACCGUAAUUAUUUCAUAUUGGGAGGUAUCUAUUUAAUUGUAAAGCAUAGCAAUUAUUUUCAUUCGCAAUCACUCGUAAUUUCCUAUCGAUUUUCGGUAAAAUAAAAUUAAAAAUAAUCGUUCAUAUUUUAUUCUUUUUAUUUUCAUAUAGGUUUGGGAAAUCUUUAUUAUUGAGGAUCGUACCAGUAUUCCGCGUUUAAAAAGACCGUAUCAGUUUUCCGUUAGCCAAAUUUAGAACUACAUACAUCGUAAAUUCUAGAUAAGGAUCUUAUAAGAACUAUAAACGCAGCUAAAUUAUUUAUGGACAUUUAAAAGACUAAUUUUAUUUGGUUCAUAUAGUAAGGUGUAUUACUUUAAGUCAAACUCGUUUAUUUAUAAACACUUUUCCUUUAAAUUCUAAAUUAAGGACAUUUCAUGAGAACAUCAUUUAAAUAUGGGAUAUAUUCCAGCAAGGUGAAAUAAGUCGAAUAGGAUAUUUAAAAAAAGUUUGAUUAAAAAAUCAACCAAAUUAAUAAAAUUAUGUUCAUUUUCAUUUAUUUUUAUUUUUAUUGUUAACAAUUUUAAUUAUUUUGAAAGAUUUUAAAAAAAUUGGAUUAAAAAAUUAAUUAUUAUUAUGUAUUCAUUCAUUUGUAUUUAUAUUAUUAUUUUAUUAUUACGAUUAAAAUUUUAAUUGUUAUUAAUUAUUGAUCAUUUUAAAUAUUAAUAUUGGUACAAAUAAUAUUUCUUGUUUACAUCUUUGGCGCUUUUGUCAUAUAUUGGGUGUAAAUUUAUUUUGGCGCAUCCAAAUUACGUGCUAAAAGAAAGCGAUGAUGAUCGACAACCUAAUUGCGUACGCGGUUUUUUUUGUGACAAUCAACUUUUAAAUAAUAAUAUUGAGAUAUGAGCAUGGACAAUAAAAAUGUAUAAAUCUUAUUUACUUAAAAAUUCAAUCAUUUUGUCUAAGUAAAAAAUAUUAAGUCGUAAAAUCAUAAAAUAUAAGUAUUUUUAGGAGAAUCUAAAUUUUAAAAUAAGAAUCGCGCACGCAACCAGAAUCAGUCUCAAAAAAACCGUAUACGCAACUCGACCUAUAUUAUAAUUUCCGUAUGCAAUUCGGAAACACCGGUUUAAACAUAGGUUACGACUAAUAUAACCGUCGGAUAUAACAGUCAAUUUUCCGUUUAUAAAAAACGUCUUUUUCAACGUUUUUUUAAUUAGCUAAAACUUUUAAAAAAAAAACUUUCAAAAAAACGCAACGUCUCUCCAGAUUAUUGUUCUCCAAAUUGUUCUCUAUUAAUUUAAUAGGUUACUCUAAAAUCAUAACAAAGCGAGUUCUAUGUAGUCUGUGUAAGCAUGUUUUUACUAUAAAUUGUGUUUGUAAGACAGAAACAACAAAUACAUGUGUAACGUCCUCUUAAGGAAAUUGGAACUGUUUCGAUCUUAUAUGAUCUAAGACUUUGACACGUUUACCCAUUUCAGAAUUUUUUUUUCAAAUCUAAAAUCGUAUUUAGGUGUAUUCAAUUUUUGUUAUCAUGGGCAAAACUGUGCGGGAUUUCUUUAGAUAAUAAUUACUGUGUAUUUAUUAAUUAUUUUUAUUAUGUAUGCACUUGAUUUUUUUUUGAAGUCUUAUAAUACAUCUUGAAACAAUGUUGUGAAAAAAAAUUAAUCCGUACUUGAAUAAGUAGUAUACAAAAAAAUACUCCUUAAUAAGUCAUCCCUAUACAAAAUUGCUUUGAAUAUUUGAUUGUGGAUUACAGGUAGUCAUGGAGGGGAAAGCAAUGUUAUUAUUCGCACGAGAUCGUAACAUAAUUGGUCGACGGAGGUCAGUGAAAAGAGGGGAUUUUCUCUCUGCAGUUCUUUAGAUAUCUGAGUGCUCCGAUCAUCUUUGCCGAUCAAUGUGAAAAUAGAGCUCGUCGCACUGACAGCUUGUUAUUUUUUAACCGAUCGUAAUAAUAACAAAAUAGUGUUGUUUCCUGAUGCACACACCUAAUAAACAUUUAUAUACACUUUAUACAUAAUUAUUUUUAUAAAUUCGUUUUCUGCAAUCAAUCUUUUCUUUUUUCGAAAUAAAAAUGUCAUUUAAUGCAGGACAGCCCAAAGUGGUUCGUGGUCUUAACAGAAACGUAUGUAUUAUUUAAUUUUUUUUUGAUUUUAUAAUAAUUAUCUACGUAACGUUUAUCAACUUGUUGUUUGUUUUUAUUUUGAAUUACUUUGACUACUUCAAACUACCUUUGAACUGCCUAGGUACUUAACUUAAUCAGAAUUUUUAUGUUGCUAUUAGUUUUCAUACCAUAAUUUUUUUUUUUUUUUAUAAAUUAUAAAUUCAAUAGGUAUGGUUUAAAGAACUUUUAUAAUUGUAUUCUUGUUUCUUUGAAGUGUAUUUUUCAAAUAAACAGUUAGUAGUUUUAUUAUUGUAAUAUUAUUUAUUAUCAAUAUGUGUUUCUAUUUAUACUAAAUUUUACUAAUUAUGAUUUUCUUAAGAGAACGCAACAACUUUUUGGAUUUUCUUUAUAUAUUUAAAACUAAUAUUUAUUUAUAUGAAUUUAUUUAUAUUGGUUUGUGAUUUUUUUUCAUAGUUUAUUUUCAUUUGUUUGCAGUUAAUUUAAAAAACUAUCUAUUCGCUAACAACAUAAGAUUCAUGUAAUAUUUUUAAUAUUAUUAUAUUAUGUAGUUAUUUACAAUUCAAAACAGUGACUAAUAAAAAUCUAAACUGUUUUAUUUUAUUAGCAAACCUUAAUCAAUAAUAAUUAAGGUAUUAUAAUUUGUCUAAAUAUUAAAAUUAUAUGAUGUUAGUAUCCAACUAUAUUUUAAUUAUUAAAAUUUGUGUUAAUCAUAUUUGUCUAUACAAAUAUAUGAAGGUCGUGCAGCUUUCACCAGAGAAAGUAGCUCAAUAUAUUAUGAGUUUCUGGGCGCACGUUAAAUUUAUUUCCUGUUUUUUUUUUUAUGAAUGGGUUUCAUAAUAUAUACUUCCGUAUCAUCCUUAAAAUGUAUGAUAUAAUCAUAUGUGUGUUUUGCGUAAAAAAGAAACAAGUUUUAAACUUAUUCGAGUUGGUCUGUUACCAACUCGAAUAACUGGAAUAGGUCUAAUAAGGUGUAUGUUUUGGACUUAUUACGUUGUCCGAAUUUCAGUAUCUACUUAAUAUUUUAAUAUUUGCUUAUAAUACUUGGUCAAGUGCUUAUAGUUAUCAAACUGUUUUCUUAUCAUAGUCUAAGUCUUCAAUUUACAUUCUAAUUGAAAGUUUUACUUUUACUCAAAUAUUUCCUUAAUACUGAUGUAAGUAUAUUUGUAGUUAAAUAAAACCACCAAAAAUAUAAUUUUUGUGUAUUUAUGGUAAUUAACAGGACAUCUAAUAUUGUUAUGUAUAGGUAUUGUUUUAAUGUUCUAUAUAAUAUGCGUAUACUAUAUAUAUAUAUACUGAACCAGACAAAGCAAUCUGAAAAUACUUGUAUGACAUUUUUAUUAUUUUUAUACUAUACCUAUAUUAUAUUUAUUUUUAAAUUUGAGUGCUUUAUGAUGUUAUAUUUUUUUUAUAGGUUGCGACUAAUGUAACUGUACAGAAACAUCAUGUUUCUCGUGAUAAACGUGGACAGGUUCUCGGAAAUGUGCGAGGAUUCCGCGGAUGUACCGUUUGGUUUACAGGUCAGUAUCUAAUAUCAAUUUAAGUGUUAACUAAUUUACUUCAAAUAAUAUAUAUAUUUUCUUAUAAUGUCAAUAAAAUUUAUUUCUUAGGAUUAUCUGGGGCUGGUAAGACUUCUGUGUCUUUUGAACUUGAAGCAUAUUUAGUUGCCCGAGGAAUACCGGCCUAUGGGUUAGAUGGUGAUAAUAUGCGAACCGGUUUAAAUAGAGAUUUGGGAUUUAGCCCAGCUGACCGAGAGGAAAAUAUCAGACGUGUUGCUGAAGUAGCCAAAUUGUUUGCUGACAGUGGUGUUGUUACACUGUGUAGUUUUGUUUCUCCAUUCCAACAAGUGGGUCUUUAAAAAAUAAUAUACAGCCUUUUGUAUUAUUUUAUAUUCUAUACAAGUCAUUUUAUAGGAUCGAGAAAUGGCCAGAAAAAUACAUAAAGAAGCCGAUUUACCAUUUUUCGAAGUAUUUGUUGAUGCCCCAUUAAGUGUUUGUGAAGAACGUGAUGUUAAGGGCUUAUAUAAAAAAGCUAGAGCUGGCCAAAUUAAAGGUACAUUUUUUUAUGAUACAUAAUUGACUUGAUUUCAAUAAUACAAAGUUGUGUUUUUUUAUAUAUUAACUUACUUAAAAACAAUGAACCAAAUUCUAUGAAUCUUGGUAGUAAACAAGUUUGACCUCCAGAAGGGUUUAGGGCUGAGUCAUGUCAAAAUUAAUUUUCCUAUUAACUGGAAAAAUUAUUCUUUAUAUUUUGUUUUAUAAAUUACCUCUAGAUUUUCAAGUCUCCUGAAAUUUAACAUAAGACAAAGUUUUUGAUGUACAUAAUUAAAUUUGUUAAUAUUUUGUAUGGACAAAUAGAUAAUUUUAAAAUUAAUUUUUUUCUGUUUAGGAUUUACUGGUGUUGAUCAAGUUUACGAAAAACCAGAUGCUCCAGAAUUAGUUCUUAAAACAGUUCAUUUAUCUAUAGAAGAGAGUACUAUGCAAGUAGUACAAAUGCUUGAAGAAAAUGUAAGUAGCUAAAUAUUAUUAUUGUUAAUAUAAUACAAAUUAUGUGGGCUAAUUCUAACAUGGAAAUCAGUAAUUCAAAACUUUUAAAUGUACUAUUUUCUCAGUUUUAUUAUUAUUUAUUUGAUAGUUAUGUUAUUAAUAAAUUAACAAGUAAGUCAAGAUAACAAAUCUUAGCUAUUUUUUAGUAUUAACCUUUAAAAAAUGGUUAUUUAAUACUAUUAUAAGUAAUUUCCAUCAUGUUCUACAAUUAAUAUUAUAAUUUGGCAAAUUUAAUACUUCAAUUAUUUAAAAAUACAAUAUUUUACUAAAAAACAUUGUUUAAUGCAUUGCCUUUUAUUUAUAUGUUAAUAAAAAAAUAAAUUCUAUAACAUGUUAUACUAAUUAUUUGCAAAUUUAUAUCAAAUAUCAAAUUUAAUCAACUAGAGUUCUAUCCUGGUUUUAUUUAUUUACAAAAUAUUUUUUUUUCAGGAAAUAAUUCCAUUGCAGAUCAACCGUGAUAUUGACCGUAUACCUGAACUAUUUGUCCCUGAAAAUGACAUUGAUAAAACAAAAUCUGAAGCAUUAUUAUUACCUCGGUUAGAUAUUGGAAAGAUUGAUAUGCAAUGGGUACAAGUAUUGGCUGAAGGCUGGGCAGCUCCUCUUAAUGGAUUUAUGAAUGAAGAUGAAUAUUUACAAGUAUGUAUAUGUAAUUUUCAAUUUUCUUAAAAAUAAUUAAAACCAGAUAUUUAAUUGGAUAUUUGUAUUAUUAUUUGCAGACUUUGCAUUUCAAUAGUUUUAGUGAGGAUGUUAAUCAAUCUAUACCUAUUGUUUUACCCAUAACCACUGAUAAAAAAGAUCAACUAAUUGGCUGUGAUGAAAUUGCAUUGUGGUACAAUUCGAAACCGGUUGCAAUUAUUCGUAAACCAUCUUUCUAUCCCCACCGCAAAGAAGAACGAGUAUGCCGUCAAUUUGGGACAUCACAUGCCAAUCAUCCUUACAUUAAAGUACACUUAAAAGAUUGUACAUUCAAAGUAAAAAUCAAAUUUGUUAAUAAUUUAUUUAUCACUUGUGUAGAUUAUUUAUGAAAGUGGCGAUUGGUUGGUUGGUGGUAGUUUAGACGUUUUAGAACGUAUUUUAUGGAAUGAUGGUUUGGAUGACAUUCGUUUUACACCAAACGAACUUCGUGUAAAAUGGAGGGAAAUGAAAGCAGAUGCAAUAUUUGCUUUCCAACUUCGAAAUCCAAUACAUAACGGACAUGCAUUGUUAAUGCAGGUUAGUGUUUUUAUAUUUUAUAUGUAUAAUAUUUUUGUUUAAUAAAUGAAAUCAUAGGACACAAGGAAAAAACUUCUGGAGCGAGGGUAUAAAAAACCAGUGUUACUAUUACAUCCUCUUGGUGGCUGGACAAAGGAUGAUGAUGUUCCAUUAAAUGUGAGAAUACUUCAACAUAAAGCCGUGCUUAGGGAUAGAAUUUUGGAUCCAGAAUCAACUGUUUUGGCUAUAUUUCCAGCACCAAUGAACUAUGCUGGUCCUACUGAGGUAUGCAAAUUGUAUAAAAUGAAUACUUAGAAACUAUAACAUACUGUUAAAUUUCCUACUACAAUGUAAGUGUAUUUUUUGAGCACAUAUGUAUUUUGUUUUAGGUGCAAUGGCAUGCCAAAUCUCGAAUGUCUGCUGGGGCAAACUUUUAUAUUGUUGGUAGAGAUCCAGCAGGAGUUCCACAUCCAGAUGGCAACCCACCACGUGAUUUAUUUGAUCCUACUCAUGGUGCUCGCGUACUGACAAUGGCACCAGGAUUGUCAGAUUUGGAGAUUAUCCCUUUCCGUGUAGCAGCGUACGAUAAAACAAAAAAAUCAAUGGAAUUUUAUGAUUCCACUCGCCACAAUGAUUUUAAUUUUAUAUCUGGUACAAAAAUGAGAGGUAAACUAUUUAUCAAUUAUGUGUAAUUAUCUCAACAUUUUUAAAAUGUGAAAAUCUUUCAUGUAUAUUGUAGGUCUUGCUAAAGAUGGAAUUGAACCACCAGCUGGAUUUAUGGCACCUUCAGCCUGGAAAGUAUUGGCUGGUUAUUAUAAAUCUCUAAACAAACUUUAA